GCUCUAUUCCGCACUAUGUGAUUUCGGCCUUACCGGUGCAACAGUGCAGCUAGAAAGAACAGACCACAAGUGUGUAUGGUCGAAAAUGGUUCGUUGAGAAGCAAGAACAAAUGAGAAAGGUUAUGUGAUAUUCCUCAGGCUCAAGCAUAAAUUUAGAAAAUGUUACGAAAGUUGUUAUACCAGUUGCUUAAACCAAAAAGUAAGGAAGAAGCCGUGCACAUAAGGAAAAGGCUUUCUCUGAUUUACGCUAUCGUGGGAUGGAAUGCUUUUGGCUUAAUGUUUUACACAUGUAUAAAAAAUAAAACUCCAGAAGACUCUGACGAGCGAAGAAUGUCCUAUGGACUCUUGAAUGGUAUACCUAGUAAUGUGCAUGUAUAUCAAGUAUCGGGUUUGUCACUCACCAAUGAUUUUGAUGUCGCGUACAAAGCUAAGGUUGCUCAAAUAGAGAGAGAAAAAGAGUAAGAAAAAUGCAACUGCUCAGAUAGAUGGGCAUUAGAUAGCAUGUAAUAAUUAUUUUGUAACAUCGUAUAAUAUGUAUUAGCAAACGAGAUAAACCUUGUAGAGCUUUACACUAUCUACAUGUAUAUAAAAUACAGAGCUAAUCACAUUUGUAA